UUUUAACCUUUAAACGUCGAAUUCAAAUACUUACAGUGCUGCCUGCCUUUCUAUGCUUUUUAUCUCCAUGGUCUUUGCACACGACCCGUUGGUUUCUCUGCGUUUUUGUCGAUUAGGAUCCCUCAAAAAAGCUUUCAUCCGGUCCAUUAAUUAAUUCGUGGUGUAAUAGUCCAACGGAAUCAGUUCUACCGAUUGAAUAAUGUCAAGCACUGCAGGAAAAGUCAUCAAAUGCCGGGCAGCUGUGUCAUGGGCUGCGAAGAAACCACUGGUCAUCGAGGAGAUUGAGGUAGAUCCACCCAAGGCUCAUGAAGUGCGCAUAAAGAUUGUGUCCACGGGAGUCUGUCACACAGACGCCUACACUCUUGGGGGCUUUGAUUCCGAGGGUGUGUUUCCGGUGAUUCUGGGUCAUGAGGGUGCUGGAAUUGUGGAGAGUGUUGGUGAGGGAGUAACGGGAUUCAAGGAGGGUGAUCAUGUCAUUCCUCUGUACGUUCCCCAGUGCAACGAGUGCAAGUUCUGCAAAUCUGGGAAGACCAAUCUUUGUCAGAAGAUUCGGGCUACUCAGGGGCGUGGCGUGAUGCCUGACGGUUCUACCCGUUUCCGUUGCCGUGGUGAGAAACUCUUUCACUUCAUGGGAACGUCUACUUUCUCCGAAUACACCGUGGUGGCUGAUAUUUCUCUGUGCCGAGUAGAUCGCGCAGCUCCUCUGGAUAAGGUUUGUCUGCUGGGCUGUGGCAUUCCCACGGGCUACGGAGCUGCUCUCAAUACCGCCAGAGUGGAACAGGGCUCUACAUGUGCUGUCUUUGGGCUGGGCUGUGUAGGACUGGCCGUAGCAAUGGGCUGCAAAAAGGCUGGAGCCAGCAGGAUUAUUGGAGUGGACAUAAAUCCAGCUAAAUUCGAUGUAGCUCGUACUUUUGGGUGCACAGAAUUCGUCAAUCCCAAAGAUCAUGCUCGUCCAAUUCAAGAUGUCUUGGUGGAACUCACCGAUGGGGGCUUGGAUUACACCUUUGAGUGCAUUGGGAAUGUUACUACGAUGCGGGCUGCCCUGGAGUCAUGUUGCAAAGGCUGGGGCACUUCGGUGAUUAUUGGUGUGGCUGCUGCAGGAACAGAGAUCAGCACUAAGCCAUUUAUGUUGGUCACCGGAAGAACUUGGAAGGGCAGUGCCUUUGGUGGAUGGAAGAGUAUCGACAGUGUGCCAAUGCUCGUGGGAGAGUAUCUCAACAAGGAGUUGCUAAUUGAUGAAUUUGUAACGCACACAAUGGGUUUGGACAAGAUCAAUGAAGCAUUCGAUCUCAUGCAUGAAGGAAAGAGCAUCAGAAGCGUUAUCAAUUUCUAAAAAAAAGUUACUUUUGAAAAUGUUACCCAGUUUUUGUACUCUUCUUUUGCUAAACCAAUCUUAAAUACACUCGAAAGUUUUUGGAAUA